AUGCGAUAUAUCAAUGGAUUAUUGAUGUUAAGGCUGAUAACAGUAUGUACAAUUAUAUUCAUAGUGAAUGAUCUGGAUGUAAUAUAUGAUUUGAUCUGGUUAUCGAUUGAUUCAAUAACUGCGAAAUUUUCCUUUGAAAGCAUUAUAUCGAAGAACAAUGUAUCGCUACUGACCUGGAAAGAUGUGGAUAUAUUCUCACCACCAAAACUCAAUGAUACAAUAGCCGAAGUGUUACGACUUAACGAAUUAUUAGCUCAUAAACAGUACAAAUGUGAGGAAGGUAUCACUGUUGGUGACAGUAAAGGGGCUUUUACGAUUUGUACAGAUGGAACAUUGAACAAGACAAUACGCAAUGCUUUGUUCAUUAGUGGUUCUCCAGAUGAUUUUGCUUUUUAUUUGACUGCAGUGAUUCCAGAACGAUGGAUAUUUUUUGUUCCUGAAGGAUUCAAAGCACUUGACAAUUUAGGAAACGUCGAUGCGGAAAUGCAUUAUCUUUUUUAUCUAAACGAUAAUGGUAUUUGGGAUUCCGAUGAUAUAUUUCGUGAAUUAUUACAUAGGCAAUUUGAUAUCGCAUUUGUCAACUUUUAUACACCCAUUCAGAAUGGAGAAUUGAGAAUAACACAACUGCAAAAACUUCGUGAUGCACCCAAGCUAAUGGAGCAAGUUUUGAAGGUUUUGCAAUCGGAUCAGCUACACCUGACCAUCGAAAUUGGAAAAAAUAUGGAAAAUUUGUUAUAUGAUUGGUAUUUAUUAUUAUAUCAGAUGUACUUCAAAUAUCAUUAUGCCCUUAUUGGAGCCGAAUCAAAUUCUGCCUGUGAUCGAACGACUCAUAAUUGCUAUUAUCGACUCAGUUUCAUAAAAAAGGAGCAUCAUCAAGUGGAUUUGCCUAUUUUUGGCUUUGGUUCGCCAGUGGAAGAAAAGAAGCGACUUAUGAAGUAUCUGACAACAUUUAGAAAGGAAAAUAUGGAUUGUAAUAAAGUGUCGGAGAUUAAAAAUGGCAUACCUUUGCUGUGUAAACUAAAUGUAACGGAAAAAUGUACUAUAGUGUAUGUGAGUUAUCGUGGAUUUGAAGUAAUGGAGAAUUUCGAGCAUUUUCUUCCUUGUAAAGUAUAUUUUUUCUCACCAGUAGAGUCAAAUAAAAGAUAUAUUGACAUUAUUAAUGAACAUCGAAUAGAUAAAUUUAUUAUGGAUCUUAAUGGUGGAGAAUGGGAUAUUCUUCCUGCUUUACUAGAGACAGUUCGAUUCAAAAAUAUUGUCCUCCAUGUAGAUCUCAGAGUUCGAUUUUGGAUCGGUGAAGACAACGAAAACUAUCGUCGUAUUCUGAUGUAUUUCUUGCAACUUGAAAAUUUUGGAUUCAGGAAGUUAUAUUCGAAAAUAGUUGAUGGUACAACAGCAAUCAUCAGCUUUAGAAAUAUAUUGUUAGCAUAG